AUGGCUUCUACAUUCAACGACCCCAACGUCCAGGACAAGGGCAAGGGCAAGUCCACCGAACCUACCAACGAAAUGAGCAUGGAUGAGGAUAGCUCAUCCGAGAGCGAGCCCGAAGUUGAACAGAACGAGGAGGACGAGGACAUGGACAACAACCUCGAGCCCAUUGACAGUAGCAACAUCAUCCAAGGCAGCCGUCGCACACGCGGCAAGGUUAUUAACUACGCCGAUGUUGCCGAGCAAAACAAGGGAGAGAUCGAUGAUGACGAGGACGAAGAUGAUGAAGAGUACGAGGCUGCCGAUGACGACAAUGACCACGCCAUGCGCGGUUAA